AUGUCAGUAGAGCAUUGCAGUUGCCUCAACCCUUCCCUCAAGGCGAAGCUGCAGAAUGCCGGUUUGCUUUGGUUGGACGACGUCUGCCGCCUCCCGGAGAAGCUGUCGCACAGUGAGGCUGAAGGUGGACCGUCUCACGAGACUGCUUCCUCCGCCGCUGCGGAUGCCGUGUCCCGUCUUCUCACGCGGUGCCCGCAGCUGACGCAGGCGGAGGCCGUAGAGGUAGUGAGCACUGUUCUCCCUCUCUACCAGGGGAGGGAUCCUGCGGAAAGUGGGUACUGUCUUCCUCCUGGCACUCGCACCUUGGAAGAGAUGUUGAAACUAGAGGCCGAAACGGAAGGCGAAAAGGUCACGACGUUUUGCAGGGGCAUGGAUUUGCUUCUUGGCGGUGGGAUGUCGGUGGGCACGGUGACAGAGGUUUGUGGCCCACCAGGGGCGGGGAAGACGCAGCUGCUUAUGCAGCUCGCAGUAGAUUGUCUGCUGCCGAAGGAGUUGGGUGGGUUGAAUGGGGCGUGUCUAUUUAUUGAUACCGAGGGAAGUUUUGUGCCGGAGCGUUUUCGCGAAAUUGCGCACGCCGCCGUAAUGCAAGUGACAGAGGUCCUUUUGCGGCAGGAAGCGGAGGGUGCUGCUGGAAGCAGUGUUGCGGUUGCCGAGGAAGACGGCCUGACCGUCUCCUCGUCGCUCGGUAGCGGCAGUGGCAGUGGCCCCGUUUCGGGCUCGUCCGCGUCACGCAAGCGGGCUCGACCCGGGGCAACGGGUGCCUCUCUGGCCGCAGUUGCCGCUCUGUUCACGGUGGACCACGUGCUUCAGCAGACACAGUGUCUUCGCGUCGUGGACGUGGUUUCCCUCAUGGCGUUGCUGAACGUGCUGCCCACAUACCUUGCCUCUCACCCAGGCAUACGAAUGGUCGUCAUCGACUCCGUCGCGUUUCCCUUUCGCUCCUUUUCCCAACUGGGCGCCAAUCAGCUGGGAAGCGAAGCCCCCGAGGGCGGAGCAUCUGCCACCGCCGUGACACCCAAGCAGCAGCUGUGGCACCGUUCGCGUCUGCUUUUCAGGUGCGGGCAGUUGUUGCAAAAACACGCUCGGGAGCAAAAUCUCUGCGUUGUCGUAAGCAAUCAGGUAACGAGCCGCACGCUGAAGCCUGGCACUCUUGAGAGCUCCCGCAUUCUCAUACCCGCGCUGGGGGAUUCUUGGGCGUACGGGCUCUCUACGCGUCUGCUGCUUACACAGCAACACGAUGCGAUAAGGGAAACCGAAACACGCGGCGAUAGGGAGAGCUGCCAUCAAAACGUGGUCUUUAUCGCCCCUCCCGUCAGUGGGGGUCUCGACGUGGGUAGCGCGGUAAAUGCCGUGCAGCAUCGUGUGGCACGCCUUGUGAAGAGCCCUACACAGCCGCGUGGAGAAUGCUGUUUCUCCCUCAGUCAGAAAGGCGUGCGUGACGUGUACCGUGUGUGGCCAUGA